UUCCCUACCACACCACCACCCGUGAGCCAGAGACAGAUCAGAGCACGCGUAGUUCUUUCUUUCCGAGCAAUGGAGCCGUGCCGCUUCCGGAAGCCGAAGCCUCUGCUCCUCUUCUUCCUCAUCGUCGUUGUCCUCCUCCUCCUCGCCCUGCGGCCGGCGUCCGCGGUGCCAGCCUCAAGAAGCAUGCAGCUCAGGAACCUGCAGCGCCCGCCGUCCAUGAAGCUUUCUUCUCUGCAGGAGACGAUUGCAGCUUCGGGGAAGCACCUUGACGGGAGGGCCAGGCCGGCGGCGAGGAUGGUCGUGGAGGUGAACGACUACCCGGGAUCCGGCGCCAACAACCGCCAUGACCCGCCAAAGGGUCCAGGAAGAGGGUGAAGCACCAAGCUUAGCUAGAGCGCCCCACUGCAGACCAUAAACUAAAUACUAGGCCAAGAAAAGAUCCAAGUGAUGUUUUGUUCCGGCGGUCUUCUCUUCGUUAGUACUACCACCAUCCGUCCGUCAGUCGUCGUGUACAUGGUAUAUACUUUCCCCGGUUCAAAAUAAUGUCUAAAAAUGGAUGUAUCUAGCAUGUUUCAGUGUAUAGAUAUAUCAUUUUUUAGCAAUUAUUUUAAAAUAGAGGGAGUACCAUGUUUCGGAUGUUAGCACACAGUGUUUUUGAAGAGAAAUUGCUCCUUGGUUGGCCCUGCUUU